UUUUUCUUCAUGUUUUUAGUAUUCAGAGGGUUUAUCCUGGGAGUCAUUUGCUGUCACUAUUGUUCAGUUGCUCGGAGUUACUAUUGGAUUGGAUUAUGAUAAUAGUGCGCACUGCUAUUGCUCAGGAGAAACAUGCACAAUGACACCAAAAGCAGUCUAUGCUGCUGGUAUAAAGGAUUUCAGCACUUGUAGUGUGGAUAAUUUUAAAUAUUUAACCUCAAAACAUGGCCUUUCAUGUCUUGAGAAGAAUCCUUUUGAUAUGCCAGUUCGGGUAGAAGCACAAAGGAAAAUAUGUGGCAAUGGAAUAAUAGAAGGUACUGAAGAAUGUGAUUGUGGCACUUCAAAGAAUUGUACACAUAAAGACUGUUGUGAUCCUUCAUCAUGUAAGUUAAAACCCUCAGCAGUAUGUGGCUCUGGAGAAUGCUGUACAGUACAGUGCAAGGAAAUUCUCUCUCCAGAGGACUUGUGGCCUGCAUUAUGGGUCCUGCACACCUGUCAUGGAGAGCAGUUUUAUACCAGACAGAUAAAACCAGCUAAUAUACUUUGUAGGAAAUCAUUUGAUUCUUUCUGUGACUUCAAAGAAUUUUGUGAUGGGAAAAAUGCAUACUGUGUGGAAGACACUUUUUCUCGAAACGGACAAGAGUGUGAUUCGGGUAGAGGCUACUGCUUUGAUGGAAUAUGUCGGUCUUUUGACAAACAGUGUCAAAAUUUAAUCGGAAGUGAUUCUAGAGGUGGUUCAUUUGCUUGUUAUGAGGAAAUAAAUUCCAGAAUUGAUAGAUUUGGAAACUGUGGCCCGGACGUUUGUCGUUUUCCUAAUACGCUAUGUGGAAAAUUAGUUUGUACAUGGCCACAUAAGGAGUUAAUUUCAAGAGCAAAUUUUUCUGUAAUUUACUCACAUGUACGAGAUCAAAUAUGUGUAUCUACAUAUCCUGCUGGUCGGAAACCAGCUCAUGAUACGUUGACCACUUACAAAACUCCUGAAGACAGAGAUGAAACCUUUGUAGAAGAUGGCACCAUGUGUGGUCCUGACAUGUAUUGUGAAAGAAUGCAGUGUAAAGAAGUUCGGUUCAUUAUAGAUGAGAGUGUUUGCAAUGCUACUAGAAAUUGUGAUAACCAUGGGGUUUGCAACAAUUUUAACCAUUGCCAUUGUGAGGAAGGAUAUACCCCUCCUGACUGCGCAAAGAAGGCUGGAGGAUUUGGAAGUGUUGAUGAUGGACAUGAAAUUAAAAUGGCUGGAAAAUCUGCAGAUAGAGGUCCUGGUAGUUCACAAAAACAAUACUUUCAAGUCAGUAUGUACGUUUCCAUACCUCUGCUUAUCAUUACUAUUGCCCUUUUAAUUAAUCAGGAUAAAAUAAGAAAGCAAUGCUUCAGAGAGGAAAGUGAAGCUGACAGAUCUAUGGCAGAAGAAAACACUACCACUAGCAGCAUCAAGUCAUCCCCCACUGAAAACAACAGUUCCUAACUAUCUUGAAUGCUAAUAUCUGAGAGAGAAGAAAGUACCAAAUCUAUCAUCAUAAACUGGCUUGAAUCAAGAAGGAAAAAAAAAAUCUCUCAGCUCUGUUGUCACUACUAAAGGGUUGAAACUAUGAAAAAAAUAAAUCACCUUGCCCCAAA